AUGAACAUCAAAAUUACAGAAGCACCGGUGAAGAGGCUGCUAGGCGCGCUCUCUGUCACGCCGGGUGGCGAGCUUUGGAGAAAAGAGCCUCCAGGUACACAGUCCCGCAUCGCUCCCCGGCGAGUACACAGCGCGAGAAAGGCCUCCUCCGCUGAUUCCGUCAUUGUUCGAGAUCGCAGCGCAUCUUACACAAACCCAGACGGGACCCAGCGUCACUCAGCCAGCGCGGCCUCUGGGUGCGGCCAGGGACACCGAGACGCACAGUGUGGGCGGCACAGCGCGGCACGCCACUUCCGGAUAACCGCGUUUGGCUCCUGUGACAAUCCUCACGAAGUGCUGGGCGCGAGCAGUCUCCAAGCGUGCGUCCACCAGCGUCUGCCCUACCGCAACGGGCAAGACGCCCCUUGGGCAGCCACGCAAUGCGGCUCCUCGCUGCCCAGGUGGCUCUGCACGCAUGACUGUGCUCGUGUGGCCUCCCGCGCUGGCACAGGGGUCGCAGAACGUCUCACCACGGAGCAUUUCUGGGUACGGCCGUGCGCUCACCAGGGAUCGUCCACGCCUCGAAGACGCGAGCGCUUCGCUCACGCUGCACCCCGGCCGCAGCACAGCACCUGCCUCUCCGCCCUCGGGGACGCGCGGCUCUGGGAGAACCAGACCUCGGUCCAGCUGGGUUGGCGACCCGGGCCACUCGCGUCUCUCUGGGUCUCCACUUGCCCUCGUCUGGGUCUCCACUUGCCCUCGUGGGGCCGGGGCCUCGUGCCAGACCCCGGCGAGGUCCCCGACCUGCAAACUCCCGUGGACACGUGGCACGCGUCACCCCACGGCUUUGCGGCCUGGCCUUGCCUCCCAGCGGGGGCGCCCGGCUGCCCAGCCCAGAGGAGGCCUCAAGGCCGGCAGAAACCCCGGGAGGGACCGGGAGGGGCGCCAAGAGGAAGCAGGGAGCAGCCGGGAGGGGGCGCCCGCGGAGCCGCGCGCGCAGCCCUGGGAGCUGGGGCGCUCAAGGCAGUGACCCGCGUGCCCUUGGGCGGGGCUGGGCCAGAGCACUCGGGCCGGAGCUGCACCGGAGGCCCAAGACAGAGAGCGCGCGGCGCGGAGGACAAGCCCAUGACAUCCUCGUGGCCACCGAGAAGGAGACUAGAAUCUCACUGGACACAGGAGCAGGGCUGCCGAGCGAGGGUUCAGAUUUCCCAGGAUGAGGUCAAGAUUGGCCCAGCUAGCAGUGAGGCUUCUGAUGAAAUUCCUCUCGGGCGGCCAUUCCCCAGCUCCUGGCCGCUCUGCUGUAGAUCUGCUGCCCUCCUGAGAGCAAGGGGCUCCCAGCCAGCCUCUGCCUGGACGCCUUGGUCUGCCCGGCACAGAGUUCAGUACCCAGCACAGGAAGACACCCACAGCUGCUGUCCAAGGCCACGCAAAUCCCCACGCAGCCGUGCCUGGGAGACACUACUUUCCUCCAAAGAUAUGGAAACGGCCAGGCUAGAGAGACGAAUGCUCCUGUGUUUUCACAUUUCCGAAGAAUGUGCCAGGGCUUCAGCGCCGGCCUGCUGGCUGCAAGCUUGGCCUCUGUCACUGCUGAGCCUGGCCUGCGAGAUGUAACCCCUGGGGCCCAGAAGUGCUCACCUGGUACCGGUGGGAAGAGUGUUUCCAAAAGGCAGCUCGCUACUCCGGACUUCCUGGCCAGUGGGAAGCAGAGUGAGUCAGAGUGGAGACCCCACGGCCUGGGCCCAGGUCCUGCUGCCCUUGAGGCUGACUUCCCCAGAUGGUGCAGGGUGUGGCCCCCAGCGCUCCCUGCAGGGCAGGUGACAGUCACAGCAGAGCGUCCUGAGGCUCUGCUCCGAGUCCCCCCACCCUCCCCACCUGAGGCAUAGAGACUUUUCAAGUCCUACCUUGCUGCUCUGGGUACAGCUGGGGAGAACACUUCGCCAUCCAGCCUCCUCGGACCUCUGCCCCCUCCUCACCACGUUUACGCCCCUCAGGCUCCAGCUGUGAGACCUGCUGACCGGACCUGGAAGGCUCCUCCCUCGACACUGCCCGGCAGGCACAGUCCCCACCCUUCAGGCCUCCACCUGGACGUCACCUCCUCCAGGCGACCUUCCCCGGACCGGACCGAGUGCCAGGCCUUCUGGUCCCUGUCAUGGCCCCCGGGAUCACUGGAGGGCUUCCUUGGGUCUCUUCAGCCAGACGUCAAGCAACUGUGCUGUUACCCUUAACCAGGAGCAGGUGCGGUGCUGGCUGCACAAAUGAGAGAGCUUGGGUAGAUGGGAGAGGAGAUGGGCGUGUGGCCGGGCACUGGGCCGAAAUGUGUCCCCUGGUACACUGCAGGACAGCGCCAGCUCCUGGGAGUCUGCUGCCUCUCUCCCGGGCUCAGGGUGUGCUGUCCAAGAAGCACUCAGUAUCAGUGGGAGAGUGCUCCACAUGGUAACAAAGGUCCCACAUAGGGCAGGUAAGGCGACUUUGUCUUUGAGAGACGCCAGUGGCCCCAGCAGUUUGCUUUCAAGUAGAUUUCUACACACGCCUUUUCUCUUCGACUGUCAAAACCUGCCUGGUUGUUAACCCUCCGCCUUCUGCUGAUGGUAGCCGUGUCUGGACUACCGAAACUUAAAAUUCUUGUCAUCUCUGCCUCCACCUGCAGCCCCAAAUCACGACAGUGUUCUGCCUAGUCACGUGACUUUCUGUCCACAGGAGGUUCCCAUCACAACUGUCAUGUCCUCAGGCGCCCUGAUGAAGGGCAAAGCUGCAUUAAAGACUGCUUUCCUCCGCAGUGUGAAGUCCUGGAGCAUACCUGGCAACUGAACACCACUGAACACAUGGCACAGGAUAAAACCUCUACCCCUUCAGCAGCUCUAGGAAAACAGCCCAGAGAGAGGAGAUGGCCCCCAACAGGGCAGUGACCUAGUACUGCUUCCUUCUGAUCUUCAUAGCCCGAGAACAGUUAGGUCCGUGUGCCUCUGCCACAGGAAACAGAAAGCCCCGCUUUCUCCCUUGAACCAUUGGUGUUGUUGGACUGCCUUUCACUACGCAGGAGAAGCCUUAAGGAGCAAUUGAAUUUAUAGCUCGGCUAAGGUCAGAAGGAACAUGAAUUGGCAUUAGUUAUUCACGGUCAGGCCACAGAGUGAAGUAAGUUCAUCUCAACUUCAAAGAGAAGUUUCAUUCAGUCUUCUUCAGCUGUCCAAACGAAAUCAUUCUGCCAUGUAAGUUGAUUUUUUACAUUCCUACUAACUUAUAGCAUCCAACAGAUACUUUCUUCAGAAAAAAAAUGUACCUGAGAUAGAGGCAUUCUCCGUGAGCAGGUGUGGACAGGUGAGAGCGUGGAGCCCAGCGACGGGUCAGGCUCAGUUUGGGAGUCUCUCUGGGCAUCGACCUUGCACCUGAGGAAGAGCAGGAUUUGCACGCAGGGCUGCUUACUGGACAGGACCAGUGGUUUCUCCGGCCCUCCUGCAGCAUGGCAGCCUGGCUGGGCAGGACAAGCUCAGGGCUGGACACCCCAGUGUCACGUUCACUUGUCCCCAGUCUCCAUCUCAAGCAAUAGUUCUCAUUUGAACAAACAGUUCAAAAAUAUCUGUUGUGUAGAGGACUGGCUCGUUACUCAUAGGUAUUUCACAUGUUCCCAGUGACUGUUGAGGCAUCUGGCAGUUAGGGUCAAAGCACAGAAAUUACAACCAGUGGCUCUCCGGGUUCCCUUCAUGCCAUUUCAGACCCGGGAGGAAACACAGCCUUGUGUUAAGGAUUUAACAAGGAUCAGGUUAGUGCGUAAAGGCGUCUGUUCCUGCUUAGCAGCAACGUGACAAGCAGCCAUCGGAAUGGCUCCUGUGCCUCAUAAGGCGGGUGAGAUAUUUUCCAUGUUGUCCUUUGGUUCCCUUUUUAGAGGCCCAUGAAAUCAAUUCCUGCUUGAGCUGCCUGUAGAUGGGUUUUACCCUUCUGAUUGUCAGGAAAUGAAAGCUGUGUGAUCCAGCGUCAUUAGCUUUUGCUUGGCCUGCCAGAAAACUGACAGUCAGUUCACUGCCACGCGUCCCGUUCAUUUGGCUGAAGUGCAUCCUGGCCUGCUCUGCCCGCGUCCCUCAGCAGGGUCUCGGGACUUCAGUGUUCACCGCAUUGGAAGCAACUGUGGGCACAUGGUUGCCUGGAUAGUUGAAAUUUCUGUUCAGAAGUGAAAAUCUUUUUUUUUUUUUUUUGGUACCGGGGAUUGAACUCGGGACUUUGCACUUGUGAGGCAGGCGGAGCCACACCGCCUGGGCCUGCCUCUGAGUCCCCUUCCACCGGGUGUACGCCGUGGCAAAGCUAUUCAUCUCCUCAACACUUCCACUCCAUUAGCUCCAAACUACAGCUGGAAUAGCUCUGAAAACCAUGACGCCCUCAGGACAGGGAAAGCUCCCAGUCAUGCCAGAUUUACUUCCUCUCAGUCCCUUUUCUCCUUUGUGCUAACACUAUUCCUGACAGUGAGCAAAAGUCCAGCGUUCCAAUAUCGAACAGUAGGUUUACAUGCUCCAAGGCAGGAUGAGCUAUCCUCCCAAAUGACGAAGGAUACAAAAUCCCUCACUUACUCUCUCGAGUGCCUGCCUUGUUCGAAUUCCAGCACUCUAGGUCAGGUGACAUCUUUAGCGGGCACAGGAGGCCGGGCAGAGCAGCUGUGAUCAUGGGACAGGAGCUGGAGGCCUGGUGACUCAUCGUGUGGGAGAUAAAGCCACACAGUCCUCCCUGACCUGGGGACACGGGGAUCCGAACAGAGGGAGGAAACCGCAUUCCUCACUGCCAAAACCACAGCCGACGGAGCUUGGCCUGCUCCUUUACGCAAGCUUCCCCCAGCAAGGUCCUCCACAGUGGCCAGCAUUCCUAGGAGGCUCUGGCAGGAAGACACUGGCUACAGCUGAUGACCUGCCCUGCGAGGCGUCUCCACGGCCUGGCACUCAAGGGAUGAGGUCAGGGUUGGGGAAAGGGAUGGGACGGGGACAUCUGCGGCCUUGGGAGGCCACCUCAGCCUGAGCCCUCCAGCACCCUUGGCCCUUCCUGAUCACCAGCAGCAAAGGACAAGGGCCCGCUUUCUGUUGACUGAGAAUCACCAGCAAUCAGAUGACACAGGGAGAAAACAAACAAGCAUGUGACUUACUGUGUUCCAGACAUGGAAUUAAUGAUUUACACGGGUCUCUUAUCUGAUACACUGUGUCACAGGCAGGAAUGUAGGAAGCACAAAAGCCAGAUCUCUGCAAGUGAAGAGUGAUUUAUUCUUGGUUUGUAUUUUACCUCAAGGCAUCCUUAGAGGAGCCACAAUCAGUGACAGCUUAAUCAGGUUUUUAGAAUAUCUGGUCCUGUGUGUUUUAAAAUAUGAUAAGAAGCUUUGUAAAAAGGGCUUUCCCAUUGAGCUGGUCCACUAACAGUUCUGGUAGCUAACUACAUAACCUGAAAACUAAAAAUAUGGCUGUUGCUGUUGUGAUUCCUGAUUUCUUAUUUUAUGUAAUAUAAUUAAUUUACUUUAAAAGCUGAAGCGGGAGAAGGGAAAUCAAAAGGAUGAAGAUGUGAAGUGCAUGUGAGCCAGUUCCCCACAGCGAUGCAUGUAUUGUGUAUCAUAAAUGUCUGCAUUUCACCCGAACCUUUGCUCAUGUAGGAGGCUCUGGUGUGACAAUGUGCACCCGUGUGUGGGAACAUUCCUCCUAGGGUUACGUGUAAACACGGCCCUCAUCUAGUCCGUGUCAACAUAUUGAUUCAGUGUGCAUGAUUGUUUUGCAAUAUAAUGAUACAUUGUCACGCGUCUGAAUAUCUGAGGCAGACAGCACAAGUUAUGGUGACAUCCAUCCAAAUCACAACUGGCAAUGAAAUAAAAAAAUCUCAUUUUAAUUGCAACAUAACUUAAGUGUUUUUCUAGUUAAAAAUAAGUAUGGACCAAUUUUUAAAUCAACAAUGAAAACAUUUUACAGAAGUGUAAAUAUUAAUACUACAAUAGGAAUCUUCUGGUAGUAUUGGUGGGAAUGUAAACUGGUACGACCACUAUAGAAAUCAGUGUGAAGAGUCCUCACAAAACUAAAACUAGGAACGCCAUUUGACCCAGUUAUACCUCUUUUAGGUAUCUUCCUGAAAGAGCAAACGUCGUAUUCCAGUGAUAUUUCCAUACCCAUAUUUAUAGCAGCACAAUUCACAAUAGUGAAAUUAUGGAAGGAACCUCUAUGCCCAUUAACAAAGAACAUGUAAUAUACUCCCAGCCACAAAGAGAAUACAACUCAGCCAUGAGGAAGGUAAAUAUGAGGCAUUAGUAGGAAAAUAGAUGGAUCUUGAGACUGUAAUGGUAAAUAAAAUAAAUCAGAUAUGGGAGGUCACUUUAAUCAUUUCUCAUGUAGGAUGUGGUUUCUGUUACAUGAGAAACCCAAAAUAUAAAUAUUUAAAGAGCAAAAUACAAGACAAAUGGGAGGAAUCAGGGAUGUGGACUGCAUAAAGGGGAAGGGUUCUGCAGGAAAGGAAGGAGGGAGGGCAGGGGGAAGAGGAGUAAAAGUGUUCAAGCUGUGAUGUGUACGUAUACCCAUUCCUGAAGAUGAUGGUAAUUGCAUAUCACAGAUGUAUACUAAUAUUCAAAAUUUAAAGUAAUUCUAAAACCCAGGCUUGGUGGCACACACCUAUAAUUCUAAUACUCUGGAGGGCUGAGCCAGGAAGAUCAAAAGUUCGAAGUCAAGCCCAGCAUAGUUACACAUGCCUAUAAUCCCAGCACUCAGGAGGCUAAAAUAGGAUUAUCGCAGGUUCAAGGCCAGCCUGAGCUAUGUAGUGAGUUCAAGACCAGCUGGGACUACACAGUGAGACCCUGUCUCAAAAAAAACUUUGAGGCCAGCCUGGACAACUUAGGAAGACACUGUCUCAUUGCCUCAAAAUAAAAAAUAAAAAGGACUGAGGAUAUAAUUCAGUGUGAAGGCUCAGGGUUCAAUCCCCAGUAUUGCAGAAUCAAUCAAUCCAUCAAUCAACCAAUCAAUCAAUAAAGAGAACAACUGGAAGAAGAUACAGUGCAAGUUCCACAACAAAUGACAAUAGUACUUCGCUGAAGUGGAACAAAAUAAGAAAGCUGACUACUGUAUGUAGUUUAUUUAAAGAUCAUAAAAUGUACUGUAUUAUGAGAUAUUGGCAAAUUCAUAGUGAAUUUGAUAAAUUUUCUCUCAACACCCCAAAAAGAAAUGAAGAAAUUAUCUGAAAUUAAAAUUGAAUCUCUAAGAAGAAAAAAAUUUAAAAAGUUUCAACAGGCUCCUGUGUAAACCUUUUGGUCAGGUAUUAAAUUACUUUGAUUCUCACCUACACAUAUGCAUGCACACAUACUUUUAGGUGGAGCAAUAGUAAAUUAUUUCAGUUGUAGAAAUUUUGUCCUCAAUUUAUGAGGAAAAUAAUAAAAAUUACAUUUCACCGAAAGUAGCCACUUCAAUCAGUCACCGACACAAUAGCUUAAAAAACGCAAGACCUUCACAGUAACAAGAUCAACCAGUUCAAAUUCUGAAAAACUACACGUUUGCUUUUUAAUUUUUUGGUUCCUUUUUUGCUUUAAGGAAGUCAGGAAAUAUAAAAUACACUGUCCAAUUAGUACUUUGAGUAUAUUUUGUCCCAAAACACUUUUUAAUUUACAAAGAAAUACUGUUUAUUCAUGACCUAAAAUGUCAAACUCAUGGUAUAGGUAUUUUGUCAAUACUUUUAGUUUGUCGGAGAGGAAUUCCGUGUAGGUUUGUAAGCGUUAGUUUCUAACACAAUAAACAGUUUGCUAUGUUAGCCACAAAUCCAGAUUUAUUGGAAUUCGUUUUAAAGACUGAUGUUUCCUCUAUUUCUUUGUUUCACUGUGUGAUGCAGUUUAAAAAUAUUUAUGUUCAAUUUUCUAAAGCUGAUUCCAUAAAACAUGCCCUGGAUACAGUUAAGAUCACUCAGUGCAUACAUGCAAAUUCAGUGAAUCAUGGUGAGUUUAUGGACCCGCUGAAAGAAGUAGAAGACAGUGGAUUUAAUGGCUCCAUGACUUCUUUGCCAAGGUUCUUUGCUUGAAUUAGUGAAGAGUUAUACAAAGAUUUACCCUACUGCUAACUCCAAUUCAAGACUGUCUUGAAAAUAAAGAAUAUUGGGCCGGGCAUGGUGGCAAGUGCAUAUAAUUCCAGCACUCAGGAGGCUGAGGCAGGAGGAUCACUGUGAAUUGGAGCCCAGCCUGGGCUGCAUAGUGAGUUCAAGGCCAGCCUGAACUGCAUAGUGAGGCCAUCUCUAAAAAAGAAAAACAAUAUUUGCCAAGUAGUUAAAAAUGAGAGACAAAUUAUGUCACUGGGAUGUUCACUUCCACAGCAGCAACACACUGUAUCUGAGUGAGCCAAAUGUGAACCUCCGAGGAAGGGAAAGCUUAGCUGUGGUAUAGCUACACAGAUGUGGGGUCUUCAAUUCUAACUUUCACAAUUUACUCAGUAACAGUGGCCAUGUGGUUUUCUUUUUUUUGGUACCAGAGAUUGAACUCGGGUCCUUGGGCUUGCGCAGCAGGCCGCGAAACCACUGAGCUAAAUCCCCGGCCCUGCCAUGUGGUUUUCUUACAUGAGUCCACGUGCAGAGGAUGUUGCACGUGCUGGGUGGCAUUCCGUGAACUGGUGUAAAAUACGGAGAACUUGAAGUAACGGCUACUGCUGGUAAAGAGCGAUACGGCUUUGACUUCACCAAUGAAUUUCCUUCACUUGGACAGACAGUUUGAAACUGAUAGUCAAAAUGAUUACUAUUAAAAAGAUGCACCAGUUUUGUCGAUGUGUAUGCAAAUAUUAAAUAAGAAUGUUUUUUUUCAGCUGAUGGAAAACUUCUAAGCAUGUUUGGAACACCUUAUAUGUGGGCUUUUCCAACGCUAAAUGUAUAAAAUAGUGUACUUCAACUCAUCCAUUUCCCACUAAAAUUAAGCACUGAAAUCUGGUGGAUUGGAAGUGCCUUAAGAUACACUUAGAAAGAAGAAAAGAAUCUAAAAUAUCCCAGUAUUUUUAUGUGGAUUACACAUUAGUGAUAAUAUUUUGGUGGCACUGGCUUAUACAAAGAAUAUGAUUCAAAUCAAUUUGCUUGUUUAUUCUUGCUUUUUUAAUGGACUAUUAAAACUGUAGAUGGCA